CGAUGACCGUCGUGCAAGCCGGAAGCAAGGAAGAUGAGAGCGCCUUUCUUUCUUCCGUUGAAGGAGAAAUAUCUUUUUUUCGCUCUAUCAUGCGCGCCCGGCCUGUCGGCAUCCAUCGAUACUUUCACGUUCUUACAAUUCAAAGUUCCAUUUUCAAAGAUACUGGCAGAACAAUACACAUAGACUCUAUCUGGAAGAAACUGAGAACAUGUUACGACCUUGACGCUCUCGACGCUAUUGACUUGGAAGCUGAAGGAUACUACACCCCCCACUCCAACAACUCCACGCCCAUUUCCAUUCGCUCUCCAUCUCCCUCCGAAAAUCUCUCCAGACAUCCUUUUUUCAAAGAAGAGUUCUCACUGCCAUACGAUGAAUCCUUCGAAACCCUAAUAUCACAACGCCGGAUGCGCGCCACUGUCUCUGCCCCAUCUUCCCCCAUUCCGCCGCCAGAAUCACCUCUUCUUUCAGUCUCAACUCUCAAACGCCGUAACAGCACCAGCCGAAAACGCGGGAAGAGUAAAAGCAAACUCAGCCUCGCGGGUCUCGUUGGUGGUGAUAGUGACAGCAGUGCGCUGACGCAGGAGAGUGGCGAUGAAGGGCCAGUCACAAUGGGGACGCCGAGGGAAAGCGUGUUGACUGGGACGGAUGCAGGCACUGAUUAUGCGGAAGAUUUUGAUGUUGAUAUGCGAGAGCCUUCACCAGCGCGUUCUGCAUCUCCGAAACCUACGCGUGGGCGUCCUCCGAAAAACAGCAAGAGAGGCCGUGGAGGUGCCACGCGAGGGUCGUCUAUGCGGGCUGUGAAGAAACGCAAACGAUGAAGCCGCAGACAGACAUGUUCGGUUGGUAGUACAAUCUAAUAUACCCCUUUUUGCAUGGU